CCGAUCCUAUAGCUGACUUGGCAUAUAAAUGUGAUGUGGCCCUGAUCUGUCCCACCCACGCCUCUCUCUCCUCUCUGCUGCUCUCACCACCUACAGCCAGCAUACUAGCCAUCAAGAAUGUCUCACCUCUUCCCGGCACUCACCUCUGAGCAGAAGAAGGAACUGUCUGAGAAUGCCCAGCGCAUUGUUAAAGAUGGCAGGGGGAUUUUGGCAGCAGACGAGUCUGUGGGAACUAUGGGAAGCCGCCUGAAGCGUAUCAAUGUGGAUAAUACAGAGGAAAACAGGCGCCUGUUCCGUAAUCUUCUCUUCACGGCUGACAAAAAGCUGAAUGAUAGCAUCGGAGGAGUCAUUCUUUUCCAUGAGACUCUGUACCAGAAAUCCAACAGUGGCGUCCCAUUCUCCAAACUCCUGAAGGACCAGGGAAUUGUUGUAGGAAUCAAGGUAGAUAAAGGGACAGCUCCUCUGGCUGGGACGGAUGAAGAGACAACCACACAAGGCCUGGAUGGACUUGGAGAGCGAUGCGCCCAGUACAAAAAGGACGGUGUUGACUUUGCCAAGUGGCGCUGUGUGCUGAAGAUCUCAGAUCAUGCCCCCUCAAGUCUUGCCAUCUACGAGAAUGCCAAUGUUUUGGCACGGUAUGCCAGUAUAUGCCAACAGAAUGGUCUUGUGCCAAUUGUUGAACCUGAAAUUCUCUCUGAUGGGUCACAUGAUCUCCAGCGAUGCCAGUAUGAGACAGAAAAGGUACUGUCGGCAGUGUAUGCUGCUCUCAUCCAACACCAUGUAUAUCUUGAGGGAACACUCUUAAAACCGAAUAUGGUGACAGGGGGACAGUCCUGUCCCCAGAAAUUCACCCCAGAGCAGGUCGGAAUGGCAACUGUCACUGCUCUAAGACGAACAGUCCCGGCAGCGGUGCCUGGCAUCUGCUUCCUGUCUGGAGGCCAGAGUGAAGAAGAGGCAUCUCUCAACCUGAACGCCAUGAACCGCUGCAGUCUACUUCGCCCCUGGCGGGUGUCCUUUUCAUAUGGCCGUGCUCUGCAGGCUUCAGCUCUCUCUGCCUGGCUUGGAAAAGUAGAGAAUGAGAAAGCAGCACAGGUGGCUUUCCUCAAGAGGGCGAAGAUCAAUGGCCUGGCCUCUCUUGGACAGUAUGUUCCGUCUGGAGCUUCGGAUUCCGCCUCCUCCCAGUCCCUCUUCCAGCCUAGCUACACCUACUAACAGCUCCCUCGCGGCUGUCUUAUGUGCAAAAAUCUGACAAGUUUUCCUUUUACCCUGUGCAAAUGCUGAGCUAAAGAUAGCGGUUAUCCCAAAAUAAAUCCCCUCUUGUGCAGUAAAUAUAUCUCAGGUGGUGUGUCCCAUACUCCAAACACUCACGUUUUGGGGGCUGUAUUCUAGUGUUUUAAUGGCUGCAAACACAUGAUCACCCCCCCCCUCCCCCCCAGCGUGUGGGGCGAAAGACUGCUUUCUAACUGUACAGGCCUGAAGAUACUGUAUAUGACAGACUUUUGCCUUGCUGCUACUGAAAGUGCUGCGGAAACCAAUCCAGAACAUCAUGUCAUUAAAAACUGUUUCUAAACA